GAAACUCUUUAGAGAAAAAGUUACAUUUAGUAUAUGAAUGGUUGACGGGGAGAAGGCAUGGCAUCGGGGUUAGAAGAAACGCUUAGUAGGCUUUUACUGCCGGACAAUAACACUAUUAAACAGGCUACUCUUCAGUUGAAGGAACUGUUCAAAGAUCCUAACAUCGUACCAGGAUUAUGUCAAAUUCUGGCUUCCUCCCAAUCUGCUCAAGUGAGGCAAUUAGCAGCAGUUCUUUUAAGAAGGAAAGUGCAGAAAGGUCGCCACUGGAGAGCACUGCCUGAAACUGUUUGUCAAAACAUCAGAGAAAACAUUCUUCAGUUGCUGUUGCAAGAACCAGAAAAAUUUGUCCGGAAUUCCAUUGCUCAGGUGGUAGCAACUGUCGCCAAGCAUGAUUUACCCAAAAACCAGUGGCCACAGCUUUUCCAGUUUAUUCUUCUAUACACCAAAAGUCAGAACAGUGCAGAGAGAGAGGUGGGUACCUUUGUCCUGUACUCGGUGGCCGCUGCAGCUGCUGAACAGUUGAAGCCCCACCUGGUGUCCAUGUUACAGCUUCUGAAUGAGGUCGUCCAUGACUCAGAGAACCGCCAAGUCCCUUACUACGCCAUCAGGACGAUUACAGAAGUGAUAUUCUUCAUUGGAGAUGAUGAAGUGAAAUUCAUUCAAAAUGUGAUUCCACGCAUGUUACAAGUUGUUCAAGAACUUAUUCCUGUAGAUGAGGACCAAGCAUGUGAGCUAUUGGAGGUUUUCGACGAAAUGUUGGAAUGUGAAGUCUCCAUUAUUGUUCCUCACAUUAAAACCACACUGGAUUUCUGCCUUCAGGUUGCUAGUCGUACUGAUCUGGGUGAUGGAAUCAGAGUUAAAGCCAUGUCUUUCGUCGCCUCUCUGAUCAGAUUAAAAAAGAAGGUGUUCCUGAUACACCAGAUGGUGGAGCCUGUGCUGUCUGUGCUGUUCCCCAUCAUGUGUGCAGGGAGCGAGGAUGAUGAAGACGAGGAGGAGAUAGAUGACGCAGAGUGUAGGAUGCCCUCCAUGUAUGCACCACAGGUGAUAGAUACUAUGGCCAUCCAUUUGCCCCCAGACAAGGUCAUCCCUUAUGUUAUUAAGUUGGUUGAGCCCAAUAUCACCAGUGAGUCGCCGUCUCACCGACGGGCCAGCUUCCUGUCCCUAGCGGUCGUUGUAGAGGGAUGUGCAGAUUACAUCAAAAAUAGACACUUACAUGCUCUUCUACAAUGUGUUGUUAAGGGUCUGAAUGACCCAGAUCCCACUGUCCGGAAUGCUGCCCUCUUUGCACUGGGACAGUUCUGUGAACACCUACAGCCAGAGAUAACAACCUUUGCUUCAGAGUUGCUUCCCUUGUUAUUCCAAUAUCUAAGUAAAGCAUCACAAGAAGCAGAGAAAAAUCCCAGAGGACUUACAAAGAGUUAUUAUGCUCUGGAGACAUUCUGUGAAAACCUAGACAAAGACAUUUUACCAUAUUUGCCCACAUUGAUGGAACAUAUGCUAACCACCCUGAAGUCAGCUAACAGUACCCGGGCCAAGGAGCUGGCUAUCAGUGCUAUAGGGGCCACUGCAAACUCUGCCAAGAGUUUAUUGAAGCCGUAUUUUGCGGACAUCAUAGAGCAGUUUAAGCCAUACCUGGCUCCCCAUUCAGAGGCCGGAGGACUGUCAGAGGAGGACAUGCGCAAGUUACAGAUACAGACACUAGACACUUUAAGUGUGAUAGCCAGAAGUAUUGGAGAGGAAACCUUUGCCCCUAUUGCUAAAGAGUGUGCUGACUUUGGAAUGGGUCUGCUUAACUCUGUGGAUGACCCUGAUCUUCGGAGAUGUGUGUAUGGCCUCUUUGCUGCUCUGUCUGUCAUCAUGAAGAAUGAGAUUUCUCCUUACCUGGAGGUUCUGGUCACCUUUAUGAUGGGCUCCCUCAAGUCAACGGAAGGAGUUCAGACACAUUACAAAGAAGAUGAGGACCAAGUUGCUAUCUUCAAUGAAGAAGACCUAUGUGAUGAGGAGGACAUUUCAGCAGAAGAUGGAGAUGAUGAUGAGGAUGAUGAAGACCAGAAAAUCCAAGGAAUUAGUGUCAAGAAUGAAUUCUUGGAUGAAAAAGAAGAUGCUUGUACAUCACUUGGAGAACUGGCUGGGAACACUGGAGCUGCAUUCUUUCCAUACUUGGAGCAGUCUUUUAAAGAGGUCUUGGAGAUGAUAGAAUACCCAGCCCCUGGGGUGAAGAAAUCGGCCAUUGCAGCUGUGGGCCAGAUGUGUAUUUGUGUUCACAAGGCCAAUCAGGAGCUGCAGUCUGCCGAGACUCAGACGGCGCUAACCAACAUGCUGUCUGCUGUCGUUCUAAAGCUCCUGGCUGUAAUGGGGGAAGACAUUGAUAGUCUGGUAGUAAUGUCCGCCAUUGAUACCUUGUAUGAAAUGCUGGACAAAAUCGGGCAUCCUGUCAUUCAGGUUCAAGGAAUUUCUGAUGCCAUAUUGACUCGAAUGAAGGAGGUCUUCACACACCAGCUGGCCUGUCAGGAUCAGGACACAGAGGAGGAUGAUGAGGAGGCAGAGUUUGACGGAAUGUUGAUCGAGUCGGCCGGGGACGUACUACCAGCCAUGGCAAAGCUCCUUGGAGGUCCAACGUUUAUGCCGUUCUUUACCAGUUUCCUCACAGAUCUACAGAAACGGCUGAAAGAAACCAGCUCUGUGUCAGAGAGGUCCUUUUCAAUAGGAACUAUCGCUGAAAUAAUCCAAGCUUCAGGGAAUGCUGUGGUGCCUUUUCUACAGAAGUUGUACCCUCUGUUCAUGAAGUUGGUGAAGGAUGCUGAUGAUGAAGUUUGCAGCAACGCUGUGUUUGGUUUGGGAUGUCUCUGCACAAGUUGUGGAGACCAUUUAACAAGUCAUUAUCCUGAAAUACUGAAAACAUUGCAUGAAGUGAUGACCAAAACGUCCAAUGAGCGAGUCCACGACAACGUGUGUGCAGCAACCUGUCGCAUGAUAAUGGCCAGUAAAACAUCCUUACCCCUCAACCAGGUCUUACCAUCUGUUCUACAGUGUUUGCCUCUGAAGGAAGAUUUUGAGGAGAAUAAGACAGUGUUUGAUUGUUUAUGUCAGCUGUAUCUAACUGGAGAACAAGAGAUAUUGCAACAUAUUCCAAGAUUACUGACAGUGGUGGCUCAGGUUGUCGGCACAGAUCAAGUCAAGCAAGAUACCCAGACCCUCUUGAUCAACUUUGUCAAAGACCUCCAUGCCAAGUUCCCGGCAGAGUUCCAGACAGUGCAAGCAUCCCUCAGUCCAGACCAGACUGCCAGACUCCAGACUUGUCUGGAGUAUACCAACGGUGCCUCCUGAUUCUCCUCGGCAGUAGCAUAGCAACAAUUACUGUGCACAUUGUUCACUAUCUUCGUAGUGACGUUUUAUUUAUAAAUCUUAGAAUUUUGAAUUUUUGGUUUGGUUGUGCAUUGGAAUGUUAUUUCAUGUUUUUAAACAUAAGUGCUGAGCCAUACAAACUAGUAUAUGUAUAGAUAAUGCUUGUGAUUUUACGGAUAUAGAAUUUAUUAUGUCACUUUUACUGAACAUAGAGAAAAAAUACCAAAUUGAAAAUUACAAAUGUUGUUGUACACGUACAUCCAUUAUUAUUCAUUGUUUACAAUAAUAUUGUUAACAAUUAACAAAGAAAUUGGCUGUGUAUUUAUUGUAUGUAAUUCUGUAACGACUCAUUUAGUGCAAUACCAAUUAUGAUAAUGAUGUAUUGGGUGUAAUAUUAUGCAUGUUUUUAUAAACAUUAUACUAGUAUGUUAGUUCAUACAGUAGUCCAAGGACAGUAGUCAUUUAAGAUUAAUCUGGAUUAUGAUAUGGGUGUAUAUUCAAGGGAAUGGGGGAUGAAAAAAAUCUUAAAUAUUUCACAACGGAAUAGUUAGAUGAAUAUUCCUUUCCGGGACAAUGAUCUUUUUAAAACGUAUGUACAUGUAUUUCCAGAUGCAUAUACAUGUAUUUUAUCAAAAUACAAAAGCAGAACUAGAUGCUUUAGCUUUAGGAUGGUUCAUAGAGAUAGGAUAAACUGUGCAGAGAUUAUAAGAUUACUUCUAAAUCAUUUGCUAGUCAUGGGUUGCCAACUUCAAUGUGGCAGUGCUGGGAUUGUUGUUUGUUUAAUGUUGCUUGUUAUACAGUUAAGAGUACAUAUAGUCAAUAAUUCUUUUAGAAUUAUGGAAUAAUUCAUGUUACAUUUAAUUUACAAUUCUGACGAAAUGAAUAGGUUUUUCAGAAAAGAUCAGACAUUUAAAUUUGCUACAAUCUGUCAUUUAUUAAAAUAUGUCAAUGAAAAAGUCAAGUUUAAAGACUAUCAAUACAGUACCUGUACUAGGAAAAUCUGUAUACAUGAUUAUUAUUUUGUUUGAAUGAAAUCCUUUGAAGCAUAUUCCUACAUGUUAAUUGCAUUUUUCAGACAUGAUUUUCUUAUUUAUAUGAAUAUCAAAUAUGCAUCCAAAUGUCAAUGUAAUAAAAGCAAGCUUUGGG